AUGUCUCGUGCCAAGGAGAGGCUGAAAGGCGGGAAUGAGACCAAGGACAGCGUCACUCUUCUGCCGUGCUUUUAUUUUGUAGAGCUCCCCAUCCUGGCCUCUUCUGUUGUCAGUCUCUACUUCCUGGAACUGACGGAUAUUUUCCAGCCGGUGCAUUCUGGGUACAGCUGUAAUGACCGCAGUCUGUCUCUGCCCUACAUCCUGCCCAGACAGGAAGUCUGCACGCUGCCUUUGCUCUUCAGCUUGGCCUUCGCCGGUCCCACCGCAACUAUCCUGAUCGGAGAGGCCAUUCUGUACUGCUAUCUAUCCCGGAGGUCAACAGCCACUCAGACGGAGGCAAACAUCAACGCUGCAGGCUGUAAUUUCAACUCCUACAUCCGCAGGGCUGUACGCUUCAUAGGUGUCCAUAUCUUUGGCCUGUGUGUGACAGCACUGAUAACGGACAUCCUCCAGCUGUCCACGGGACAACACACCCCCUACUGGCUGGAUGUUUGUAAGCCCAACCUGACCCACAUUAACAUGUCUACCUGUGAUGAGGCUUUCAUUCUGGAGGACAUCUGCUCUGGACAAGACCCCGGACUCAUCAACGCUGGGAGGAAGUCAUUCCCCUCCCAGCAUGCAACUCUGGCUGCCUUCGCUGCUGUCUACAUCUCGAUGUACUUCAACGCGGUGUUGACGGACUCGGCCAAGCUGCUGAAGCCUCUGCUCGUCUUCUCCUUCAUCAUGCUGGCCAUCUUGGCGGGCCUCACCAGGAUCAUCCAGUUCAGGAACCAUCCUGUGGACGUCUACUGCGGCUGGUUACUGGGAGCGGCCAUCGCCGUUUAUCUGGGUUUGUAUGCAGUGGGGAAUUUCCAGCCGAGCGAGGAUCGGUCCAGAAGUCGAGCACCGACCCCGACCCUGAGAGAGCCCCCCCUCUCCUCCUUACCAAAUAUCAGCCAAUCAGCACUUAGCAACAGCCACCAAGGUCACCACACCCUGGCUCCCAGCCUACCAGAGCCCAUCAUCACGAGGACCUCCUCCCACACUUUGUCCCUCAACCAACCAGAGCACAUCCUGACUCGGAGCGCCUCCUACCGAGAGCCGUCUAUGAACAUGAAGAGAGCCAGCGCUGAGGUGGAGGUGAUAACCCCGUCCAGUCCUAUGGGCCACACCGACAACAUGAUGACCUUCAGCAGCAGCACACUGCCAAGAUCUCAUGGAGGCUCCUCAUUGGAGGAGGGUCGCAAUCCACGCCGUCACGCCGCCAUCCACGCAUCGAUGGAUUCAACCAGAUCCAAACAGCUGCUCAGCCAGUGGAAGAAUAAAAACGACAACAGGAAGCUGUCCCUGCAAGUGAUGGAUGGAAUAAGACCUUGCACCUCCUCCUCUCCUCAAAGGAACAUGGAGCUGCGCUGCUCCUCUGAACCUUCCGCCAUGGGCCUGGAGGCAGAGCUCCGGGCUGGAGCACACCUGCCUUCACUUAUCUCGUGUCAGGAGACAGAGCUGCGUGCUGGGGGCCACAUCCCGGCUCAAUACAUGAAGCUAGCGGCGAGCUCUGUUCCUAUGACCAAUCACAAUCACCUGGCGCAUAACGGCAGCACAGGAAUGGCUGGCGGGGCCAGGGUAUCCAUCCAAUCCCGGCCUGGAUCCUCCCAGCUGGUUCACAUUCCUGAGGAGGAAAAUGUCAUGAGCAGGGAUCAGGAGAGUGAGUCAGAGGACAGCAUGAUGGACGGGGGAGGGUCAGUGAGGGAGAAGUGGAUGAGAGUGGCUGAGAAGACCACCAUCCCUUGCAGGCCGCUCAGUGCUGGAGGACAGCCUCGUCUUAUGCAGGUGAUAGCCUUAUCCAAACAGCAAGGUCUGCUGUACUCUCCUCGGUCGGAGGACGGGGGAUCUGUUCGGUACCGAGCCCUAACGGACCAGGACCCAUCACCGCCGGCUUCCACCACUGGAGCAGUGGGAGGAGGAGGAGGUUUAGAAAGAAGUGGCAGUAUAGUCCGCAUUGAAGCCCACCCAGAGUCCAGAGGAAACAAACCUGUGGUGAGACCUCCGAGUACGGAUGGGAGCGGCUCAUGGCGAUGGAAACCGCCAGAACAACGACCAUCGCUCCGACAGUCGCCGUUCCCCCUCAACGACUUGAACAGACACACAGACAGCUGUGAUUCGCUGAGGGAUGGAGGGUCGGUUGACGGCCGGCGGAGCGUGACAGGAAACGAAAUGGAAAGCGAUGGGGGAGGAGAUGGAGGGGGCGGAGGAACCGGAGAAGGGGGGGAAGAAGGUGUAUACACAAACCACCCCCAUGUUGUACACCCUUUACAUCCCUUACAUCCAAAUAACCCCAACAACUUUCAACACCCCAGCUUUAACCCCAACAACCCCAACUUUAAUAACGUUCACCUUAACUUUAACCCCAACUCUACCAACUCCAACAUGACAAUACCCCCCCCUGCUAGCUUUGCUCCUCCCUUCCAUCCCCACCCUCAGGCCAUCACCACCAUCAGAGUCACUCCAGUGGAUGGAACGGCUGCCAGCAGCGACGGUGGAUCAGACUGCCAGUCCGUUGCCUCGUCGAGUCGUGAGUCAACCUUGAGGAGGAAGAGUGGCUCCCACAUCAUCCAUGUCCCAGAUCGAGGGCCGACGCCUGACCUCCACAAUAACCACCGCAUCUGUGACGACAGUAACCGCUUCGACAACGAAAGCCGCUUUCACGAAAACUUUCAAAGUUUCCAGGAAAACCCUAUCCACCCUAACCACCCCAACAGGCAGAUGCAGGGGAUGUUUGGCCGUCCCAGCCCAACGCCUCCCCCUACCCUACCCCGACCCAUAAUAACUCACACUCCACCACCUACUCUGGGGCUGGCCUACAAAGAAUGA